AUGGAGGAUUCCAUUUUGAAACAAAAAACUCAAUUACAUUGGUUUAAAGAAGGUGAUGCAAACACAAAAUAUUUCCAUUCACUGAUAAGGGGAAGGAGAAGAAGACUGUUUAUUCAUACCAUUAUCAGAGAGGAUGGAGAAAGGAUACAUAGAGUAGACAAUAUUGCUGAUGCUGCUUGUGCCCACUUCCAAAAUAUCUUUACAGGAGAGGAUAAGGUUAUCAAUGAAGAUGCCAUCAAUUGUAUUCCCAGAAUGGUCAGUCAAGAGCAUAAUAAUACCCUUACUGCCAUGCCUAACCUGGAAGACUUGAAGGAAGUGGUUUUCUCCAUGAAUCCUAAUUCUGCAGCUGGUCCGGAUGGGAUGAAUGGUUUAUUCUUUCAGAAAUGUUGGCACAUUAUCAAACAUGAUCUUCUUGGUGUCAUUCAUGCUUUCUUUUGUGGCCAAAUGAUUCCUAAAUAUUUUUCUCACUCUUGUAUAGUUCUCCUUCCUAAAGUGACCAAUCCCAACAAGCUAACAGAAUUCAGACCCAUCAGUCUAAGCAAUUUCACUAGUAAGAUCAUUUCUAAAUUAUCUGGGUUCAUCAAGGGGAGAAGUAUAUCAGAAAAUAUUAUGUUGGCUCAGGAGAUCAUUCAUCAGAUCAGGAAACCAAAUAUUGGUAGCAAUGUCAUUAUUAAACUUGACAUGGCAAAAGCGUAUGAUAGGGUCUCUUGGUCGUAUAUAUGCUUGGUGCUGAGAAAAAUGGGAUUUCAUGAGAUAUUUAUUGAUAUGGUUUGGAGGAUCAUGGCCAACAAUUGGUAUUCUAUUAUUGUCAAUGGCAAAAGACAUGGUUUCUUCCACUUCACCAGAGGUUUGAAGCAAGGCGAUCCUCUAUCUUCUACCCUCUUUAUUUUCGGUGCAGAGGUCCUUUCUAGAUCCCUGAACAGACUUCAUAGUAAUCCUGACUAUCAUGGUUUCGUGAUGGAACCCAAAGGCCCUCAAGUUAAUCAUUUAAGUUUCGCAGAUGAUAUUAUUCUCUUCUCUUCGGGGAGACAAAAAACUCUGAAACUUAUUAUGCAAACCUUGAACUUAUAUGAGGAAACCUCUGGCCAGCUUGUUAACACUGACAAAAGCCAUUUUAUGGUCCACCCUAAUGCCUUCAACAACACCAGAGACAGAAUCAAAAUGAUCACUGGCUUCAGACAAAAGGAGGGCCCUAUUACUUACCUUGGCUGUCCUCUUUUUGUUGGUAGACCUAGGAUUAUUUACUUUUCUGAUCUUAUUAACAAAGUGCUUUGCAGGGUCACAGGAGAGUCUUUGACAUGGAAACACAUGAUGCACAACAAACACAAAAUUGAGGAACAUAUUCAUUGGAAACUAAACUCAGGCAACUGUUCCUUUUGGUGGGACAAUUGGCUUGGAAUGGGACCUUUGGCGUACCAAUCCACUGGCAGUAACAGGUUCAACCAGAUAACUGUAGCAGAUUUUUGGCUCGAGGGAAGAUGGAACUUGAACAUGCUCCUGCAACAGGCCCCUAACAGCCAGUUGGCCAAUAUCCUCGCCACAGAACUUCACAUCCAGCAGGGCAUCCCAGACCAAGCUGUUUGGAAACCUAACAGUGAUGGCACAUUCAGCUGCUCAUCUGCAUGGAAUGUGAUCAGGGAGAAGAGGAACAAGACUAAAUUCAACUCCUUCAUUUGGCAUAAGAGUAUCCCCUUUAAAAGUUCUUUUAUUUUGUGGAGAGCUUUACGUGGUAAACUUCCUACUAACGAAAAACUAACAAGCUUUGGCAAUGAAGCUGCAAACUGUUUUUGUUGUUGUAACAGGCCAGGAUUGGACACUAUAGAGAACACCUUCAAUAAUGGACAAUUUGCUACCAAUGUGUGGAAAAGCUUUGCUGCACCAGCAGGAAUCAUCACAGAUCACAGCUCCCUACCCCAACUCAUCACGCAAUGGUGGUCAGCUAAGGCCAGCAACGAAGCACACAGACUACUAUUACAUGCUACACCUAUCUUCAUUUGCUGGAAUCUCUGGAAAAAUAGAUGUGCUAGCAGACAUGGAGGGAAACAAUCAAACAUUAGUAGGGUCAAAUAUGCAAUCUACAAGGACAACUACAAAUUAAUGACGACAUGCUUUCCUCAUAUCAAAUGGCCUUCACGCUGGUGGGAUCUGAUUCAGCUGGGGGAAAAAUGCACUCAUGACACAAAAGUAACCGUUGUUAAGUGGAUCAAACCUCCAGAUGGCUGGGUUAAAAUUAACACUGAUGGCAGUGCCUUAGGGAAUCCCGGCAAAAUUGGAGCUGGAGGCAUCAUAAGAGAUCAAUCUGGAAAAAUGUUGCUAGCAUUUGCAACUCCUUUGGGGGAAGGUUCUAAUAACCAAGCAGAGGUGGCAGCAACUCUCUUUGGGAUGACCUGGUCACUACAGCUAGGUUACAGGAACGUCAUUUUGGAGGUGGACUCACAACUCUUGGUAGACUGCAUAGAGAACAAAACCAACCCCCAUUGGGGCAUUAACACACAACUCUUGAAACUACAAGCCCUUACAAGACAAGCAAAUGAAUUCAAAUGCAAGCACACUUUCCGAGAAGCAAAUUUUGUGGCCGACUCUCUUUCAAAGUAUAGCCAUAAAAUUACUAGUCCACAGAUAUACCUCGGCAUACACCAACUACCAAAGGAAACUAGAGCCUACUAUCAAUUAGAUAUACUUGAAAUGGCAAAUUUCCGAAGAAGGAAGAUCAAGAAGAUCAAAGAACCCCCUUGA